CGUCAAACGAUCUGAACCCCGGAAAAGCUUAAUCGGUCUCUUUCUAAGCCUCGUCUCUGUGAUCCCCUCUCACUGUGCAAAGCCUCUUCCCCGCCCUCUGUUCUUCUUCGUCUUCGUCUGAGCACUCCUCCGGCGCUGGAUGAUGGAGCUCUCCUCCGGCGUCGUCCCCCGGAGAAUCCCCUGCCUAGUGGGCAGCGCCCGCGCGAGACCGCGCAUCGGGCUGCGUGGGAACUUCGGCGGGGUUUCGAUGAGGUGCGGGUUCCGUGACGACGGGCAUGUGAAGUAUUACAUUGAGGGAGCGAGGUGCGGCAGCGGUGGCGGGAAGGUGGAGAAGGAAGCGGAGAAGAAUGCGAAGAAGAAGCUGAAAUUGGUGAAGGGUUUGUACAAGGAGCUGUACAUGUUUUCCCGGAUGGGAUUCGGGAUGGACGAAAGUGCCGGAGAGGGGACGCGGAUGUCGGAAGCAGCGGAAGUUCUGCUCGUGCAGCUCGAACAGCUGAAAGCAGAGGAGAAGGAGAUGAAGAGGAGGAGAAAAGAAGAGAGAGCCAAGCUUAAGGCUAAAAGGAUGAAGCGCGUGAUGACCUCCUCCUCAUCCGAGUCAAGCGACAGCGAAACCGGUGAUGUUAUUGAUAUGAGCCGGAUGAGAAUCGAAUCCCUGACACAGAAACCAGUGGAACAGUCCCUGUCCAUUACCCAAGGAGUAGCUGCUCCAAGCCAGCCGAGCACUAGCCAGCUUACUGCAAUUGAGACUCCCAGUUCUUCGAGUAAUGCGAGCAGUGAACCGGCGAAGAAGAUAGAGGUGUGUAUGGGUGGGAAGUGCAGGAAGUCGGGAGGGGCAGCUUUGUUGGAGGAGCUGCAGAGAGCGGUCGGGAUAGAAGGGGCGGUCGUGGGCUGCAAGUGCAUGGGGAAGUGCAGGGACGGUCCGAAUGUUCGGGUCUGCAAUGGGGCUCGAGCCCAAAGGGAAGUUGAAGGUGACACUUCUGUUAGGGUUGCUCCUCCUGUGAACCCUCUUUGCAUUGGAGUUGGAUUGGAGGAUGUAGGUGUCAUUGUCUCUAAUUUCUUGGGGAUUGAACAGAGUGAUUUAGAUGUAGGUUUGUCGCCAGCAGCUUAGGGAACUCAAUUAAGGUUUCUGAGACAGUUCUUUAAUGUAAAUAGCAAAGAGAUGGCUUCACAUUGCAUUGAAGUACAAAUUUUCUUCUCCUUUGCGCUUUAUACUA